AGUUUUGGUUGGUUCUAAUCUCCACGUCCUCUCUCUACAAUGGGCGUAAACAUAGGGUCAUGUUUUAGUUGUUCAGCAGUUAGUUCGGGUUCAGUUCUGCCCCCCUGUGGGUAAAGUUACCACCGCAUGGGAGUUUGUAUCCUGCCACCAAGGUUAGACAUUAACCUUGUCUUUUCUCAGUCACUCAGGGCACCAAAGGCGGACGGUACUCUGUCCAAGGCAUGCUGCCGCUCCGCCGUUACAUCUUACUAUGGGCGACUGUAACAACUGUACACACGAGCGGGCUUUAACCGUAGAGGACGACAUUACUGUAGUGUUUCACAAAGUUGACAGCCAUGGCGACGACCACGAAGAGAGUGGCGAUGAUGAAGGGACAGCAGAGAGGAUUCACCUGCGUAGUAACUGUCGCGGUAACGAUGAUGAUGCUCAGGAGAAGGAAGAAGAGGGGGGAAGCGAAACUUCACAGGAAGGCGGCGAGGAGAAGAAGAAGAAAACGCUAUGCCCACCGACGUUUUGCAUCAGGGGCAAGCCUGCAUCCAGAGAACAGAACGCACGUGAAGGCCCAGAGAAACAAAAGAGAUGUCCAGGUAUUGGUUUGUUUUACGCUUUCCUGUCCACAGUUUUCUUCUCCAUCAUUGCCCUGUUGGUGAAAACCAUCCAGGGUGUCCACGCCAUAGAGAUCAGUGCCAUACGCUGCUUUUUCCAGAUGCUCUUUACUAUACCGUUGCUCAUCUACAACAAGACAGGUUUCCUUGGUCCUAAGGAAAAACGUAAAUAUCUGGUGUUUCGGGGCUUCGUCGGUUCAAAUGCCAUGAUCUUGCUCUUCUAUGCUGUUCAGCAGAUGCCGCUUGCAGAUGCCACAGUUAUUAUGUUCAGUAAUCCAGUCUUUACCUCCCUCCUGGCUUGGAUCUUCCUAAAGGAACGUUGUACAAUCUGGGACUGUGUCUUCACUGUUUUUACGCUCACUGGAGUCAUCCUCAUCGCUCGACCACCAUUCAUCUUUGGCGAGGAUUUACAUGGUAUUGAAGGAAACUACACCAACCAUCUCAAGGGGACCAUUGCUGCUUUUGCAGGGGCUAUUGGAGCUGCUAUGACAUACGUUGUCCUUCGCAAGAUUGGGAAGAGCGUUCAUUACUACCUCUCCGUCUGGUACUACGCUGUCAUUGGUUUCCUUGAGUGCAUCAUCACCGUAUCCGUCCUUGGGGAGUGGAAGCUCCCGUCCUGUGGCCGCGAUCGCUGGAUGCUGAUGCUGAUUGCUGUCCUGGGCAUUGCUGGACAGACCUUCCUCACAAAGGCCCUGCAGAUCGAGAAAGCUGGACCAGUCGCCCUGAUGAGGACUUUCGAUGUGGUGCUGUCGUUCAUCUUCCAGUUUAUCUUCUUUAACCGUGUACCUACCUGGUGGAGCCUGGGUGGGGCGCUGUGCGUUGUGGCGAGCACAAGUGGAGUAGCACUUAGGAAGUGGUACAGCAGCUCUCGAAAGAGCUGAAAAGGAGAAGAAACAUUAAGUACUUUUAGAAUUAGUAUUUAUAUUUUUCCUUAUCAUAUGUUCUUGAUUUCUUCUGUGUUUUACACGUUAUUUACAAGCAAAACUGUGAGGAGGUUAAAAUUUUUUUGGAAGAAAAAACAUGGGUAGAUAAUGUCUGGUAGAGGUUAUUAGUGAGGCUUUAAAUGCGAAAUUGAAUAUUUUUCAUUUUUACAAGUUGAUUCCAAUGAAUGAGCAUGGAUAUUUAAUUAUCAUGCUUUAAUUUAUUGUUAAAAUGGACACAUCUGCGAUAGAUAUAAGAGAAAAGAAACAUUUCCUGCUCUCUGGAGCCAUGUAGCUAAAUAACUGCCUAUUCAACAGAGAUUUACCAUCACCUCUUUCACAAAAAACACACCUUUGCAGCAAAAAAUGGGGCUGACUGUUAUAUUUAACAAAAAGUAGUAGUUUGAAAUAUAUAUUCAGUCACAUCUUCCUUGUGCUUUAACCUAGAAUUACCAAAGAAGGUUUACUGCAACAGGACCAAGCAUACUGUGUCAUUCUUCAAAACUGCCAAUGCAUGUGUGAUUUUAUAGCUGUAAGUCUGAGGUUCAAUUUAAAGAGUACCAGUGACAUACUGCAGUGACAAUUCAUAGCUUUCAUCUGACGUUCCACAGUCAUGGAACUGCUCCCUGGAGGCAAGAAAGGCUUUCCACAGAUGUACGCUGCAAGAAGUUGACAGUCUCAGUGCCAUGUACAUAUUUUAGCCAGUUUAGUUUAUUAAUUUUUCUAAAACUCCAGUAUUUUUUAACUAGAUGAAGAGACAAACACAGGUUAUACUUCAACAUCAGAGAAAGAAAACCCAGAAAGGGGCAGAAGUUUUAAGCGCUUUUAUUCCUUUGGGGAACAAUGUAGCAAUACCAAACAGACCUCCUGAUCCUGUCAUUAAGUAAUGUAUUAAUCGGAUUAAAAUCUGACUUACGUUAAACAUAACAUCCCCAAAAGACACCUGACAGUCAUCCUUAUUUUAAAAAAGUGACAUGAACUAGCUACUACUAACCAAUUAGCACUCAUCUAUGCUUAAAAAUGUCAUGCCCUUCACUUCCCAAACAGCAGUGCUGUUGACCCAAAUACAUCAUGAAUUCAUAAAGCUGUGCAUUAGAGAUGCAUUGAAUUUUUGCAUGUUUUCAGAUACACUAUACGGACAAAACUAUUUGGCCCAAAAUGUUAAUUAUUCAAAUCAGGUGUUGCUUCAGAUGUAUAAGAUUAAUCACCAAGGCGUGCAGUCUGCAUUUGCAAACAUUUGUGUUGUUCUGAGGAGCUCGCUGACUUCAAGUGUGGUCCUGUGAUGGAUGCCGCCUUUGCAAUAAGACAGUUUCUGAAAUUUCAUCCCUGCUGGAUAUUCCACAGUCCACUGUAAGGGAUAUUAUUAGAAAGUGGAAGCAUUUAGGAACAACAGCAACUUAGCCUCACAGAAGACUUCACAGAAAUCUCAGAGCAGGGUCAACGACUGCUUAGGCACAUGGUACAUAAGUCGCCAACGCUCUGCUGAUUCCAUAGCUGGAGAGUUCUGAACUUCCACUGUCAUUAAUGUAAUUACAAAAACUGUGCAGUGGGAGCUGCAUGGAAUGGGAAUGCCAGUAUAUACACCUCACUCAAAUGUUGAGGGCUUACAAUGGGCUUCCUUGAGUGUGUUGCAUCUUAGGAAACAACUUACACCGCUGAUACCAGUAUCAUGCCAGUAAUAUCGUGCAUCCCUACCGUCCAUGCUGUUGUAGAAUCCUGUAAGAGAGGGAUUUUCCUCCCCUGUAGAUAGGCUGGUAUGUAAACCAACUCAGCCUGGAACUUUUCUGAUCUAGCGGUUUAGAUAGUGCUAUAAGGGUCCAGUGUUACUAAAACUCACAGUUUAAAUUAAUACCUCAGUUUAUCUGCAUUUGUCAGGCAAUGUAAACAUGAUUUGUUUUGAGGAGAUGGAGAAUUAACAUAUAUGGUUCAUAGCUCCACACAGCUGUCAUUAAUAGCUGCUACCAUCCUAAGCUCUUUUUGCCCUCCAGGCCUCUGCACCUGUCAUGUGGUUGAAAGCUAUGAAUACGAUCCACAAUGUUUUUCUUGCAAAAAUCACUGCAGGUCAGCAAAAGUAAACUUUAAGCUGAAUAUACAGUUUAUAAAAGGAAGUUUUACUUGAAAAUGCUGUAGGAUUCUCUCAGGGAUCUCUCGCCUUACUGCUCAAGAAGCAGAAAUAUGAAUUAACAUGUCCAAUCCAAGCAUACUAACCCUUAAAGACUUUUCAUUUGCAAUGGUAAUUUAAUUUUGAUAUUUCUUUUACCACCACCCCCCCUUUUAAAAUCAAAUACAGUAUAAUAAGCUUAUUUCCAUUAUUGUCCAACCAUAGUUGAUCAUUUCUCAAGAAUGUUGUUCAUGUGCCUUAUGGAGAUAAUUUCAUCUUUAGCUUCCUGUAGUUCUCAGUAACCAGCAUCUCGUUCUUUUGCAGAUCUCAGGGAUGAUGCUAAAUAUGAAUAUGAAGUAGGUUGACCCUGAAAAAGAACCCAAAGGAACGAUUCUUGAUGAUUCAUGUGAGACAGAUGAGGUCCUAUGAGUUUUCUCUGGGGAGCCUAAGACGUGACCUGUAUCUCCUGCGAAGGCCACACCGAUGUUUUCAUUGCCUCAGGAGGAGUCAGCUCUUUCAUGUUGACUCCCGGCAGCUUGGAGCUAACGCAUCUUAUAAGUGAUCUCGACAGGCUAAAAAUACCAUGCUCCAAGGGGGGUGUUGUUUGCACUUUGUCUUUGCUGGAGGGGAGAAAAAGUGUCAGUGAGCUGCCACUAUAAUUCAACAAAUGAAGCUAUCAUGAAAAAAAUAAGCUGCACACUUCAGGGAGUGAAAGAUGAUAGUUCCCUGGAUUAAUGCAAGCACCUAAGGAGGAAAUAAGAGACGUGCAGCCUCAUCAUAAUGGUGCAGGUUUUGCAAAAUGAACCCUAAAGCUUUCAGAUGAGUAGCAGUGAACCUGUCAAACUUUGUAAGCUAACUUGAAGGCUGGCAUUAAUGUUCAACAACAGAGUAGCACUGAAUUUGUGUUAGUCUCAGUCACUCUACACAGACAUAUAUGACAUUUUUGAUCAUUGCCUCAAAAUGAUAAAGUGUCAGUGUGCCUUACUGCCUGAUUUGCAGAGAUUUUGGCAGUAUAGAUAGCAAAAACAAAAACGUGAGAACUAAAUUAGUCUUAAAAUAUCAGGUUUUGUAUGGAAGCCAAGAGUGGUUAUGCUUGAUUAUAUCAGUAUUUUCUCAAGAAAACACACUUUGUUUAUUAACAAGAUGAAUUAUAAGAGGCAAAAGCUGUUCCUCAUAUUAUGAAUGUGUUUCUUUAGGACUGUGAAAAGGUUGCAAUUUUUAAUUGCAAUUAAUCUCAGGAUUUCUGUAGUUAAUCAUGAUUAAUGGCAUCAGUUUUAUCACAUUUUAAAAUACAAUUUCUUUUGCAACCCAAACCGUUUUUGUGGCUUUUUGGCUUUUUCUACUCUCUUAACCUAAAGAAAAUUGACUUCCUGUUUUGAUACAGACCUGCUUUUUUUAUGGAUCGUGCAGAAAUACAGAGGGCAGAUGACUUUGUGAGUCAAAUUAUUUAAUGAUGCAUAUUUUUCCCAGAAUGCCUUUGGGCAUUAGACACUUUUCCACCAUGAGUGAAGUUGCCCACUGAGUUACAAAUAACCUGCCUGUAGUUCAAAGUACACCUUGCAGUUUGGUAGUCAUUCAACAUAGCUUACUGUGGAUGGUAUGUCUGUUGAAAAUUAGAAUAUGUGAAAGAUAAUAGAUAAAAUAAGGUGGAUUGGAAACAUGGAGUCAUAUUCAAAAACUUUGUUGCCACCAAUUUAAAACUUUACCAUUAUCAGUUACUAAAAAUAAUUUGAGUAUUUUCAACUUGCUCGGUUUUACAGUGUGGUAAAAUUGCUUUCUUAAGAUUCUACUGUUGAUAAAUGAUUAAAAACAUGGCCACUCUUGGCUCCUUUUUAAAAAUAUAUACAUAUUUUUCUUAGACAAAAGACAUUGGAUCUUGUGCUAAAAGCAAUAUCGUGUUCUACCCUUUAGGCAUUAAAAGGCUUCCUUGUGUACCACUCUACACAGCUUCAAUGUUUGGAAAGAAGAUCUGUAUGUGUUACUAUUUGUGGAAAUACCCUUUUUUCAAAAUAUAUGGGUUUCCAGCACAGCAGCCUGCUUGUUCAGUUUUUUUUUUAUUUAUUUAUUUUUUUUGUCUUGUAGGACUCAUACUGUAUUUUAAGCAUUUUGCUCGAUAUUUCCUGCUGUCAAGUCGCAUGAAGUCACAUUGCAAGUGUUGCAGAAAUGUUUAGUCCAGUGCAACGUAAUUUUAGAAAAGAGAAAGGCAGUUACGACUCCUAAACUGCAACCUCAAAUACCCUGCUGAUUCAACCCUUCUGUCCUUGACACACUGCUGUUUUUGUUUUGAUCCAUCUGUUAAUAACUGUGUCAGCAUGCAUCCAUCCUCAGACCCCUCCAACACUAGCUUUUCUUUUGAUUUAGUGAACUCAAACCUUUAGUUUGCACAUUAUUGUAUUUUUUGUGAUUAUAGGGUUUUAUGUGACACUUUUUGCCAGUGAUGUAAACUCUGUCUGUAUUAUAUUUUCACAUUUUUCUAUCUUUAUGAAAGAAAAUCCAGAAUAUUUGAAGUCCUGUCUGUUAUAUGUUGUAUGAUACUUUAUAAAAGCGAUGGUCAUUUC